AUGACCUCCAACAGCUUCCCAUACGAUGUGCCAGACGCCUGGAUGGGUAGAACACCUCACCAAUCUGAUUACCCUGUCUACACACAUGAGACAUCUCCAACCUUCCCUGCAGAGGAUCUCGAAUGUCCUCCAGUCUCAAACAGAGAUCUGUUUACCCUCCCGAUGCCAUCGGAAACCCAAUCCAUGAACCCCGCAUUCCCCGUAACUCCGGGGACCUGCCCACCGGAUUUCCGAACCAGUCCUAUGGGCGACGGGGCAUAUUAUGACCACCACUCCCCAGAAUACAACCACCCUUCGUACCAUCCACGCGAUACGGGGUACGGCACCAUUACCCGUCCCCAAACAAGACCUCAAAAUCCAAACUACAGCCCACCAUAUCUCCAGCGAGCUCCUCCCGUAGAACCCGCUCCCCCAAUCGGAGACGCUCAUCGAAUCCAUCGCCGAAGUUCCAGUGCGGUGCACCUGCCCACGGCAGCAGAAAGGUUCCUUCAUAGUGGGUUUCGAUGCGAGUGGAAAGGAUGUAGGUACACGGGUGCGUUUGGACGGAAAUUCGAGUUGAAGCGCCAUGUUGAAACGCAGCAUAUCUUUCCUAAUUCUUUCGAGUGCCCGGAUCCACGAUGUAGAAAGCCGUAUAACCGCAAGGAUAACCUGGAGGAACAUCUGCGUCGAGUUCAUCUAUGUGGUAUUUGA